AUGGAAUUUUUAUGGCUUUAUUCCCUGUGCCAGUGCAUUGUCGCCGUAGCCAUCAUAGUGGUGAGCGUCAGAUUAUGCAUGGCAGUUGGAGGUGAUGCAACAGUGGCUGAUGUAAACGGAGCCAAUUCAAGUGCGAGACCUCAGCACGGAAGUGUAUCCUGUUGCCUUCGCUUGUGCCUGGGGUGGGUCGGCGCCAUAGGGGGCGCUCUGGAAAUCCCCGUGAUCGUGUUCCUCAACUUGAGGACACCGCAGUGUCUCUACACCUGCAUCACCCUGGUGUGCUGCCCCCUACUGGUGAGGCAGUUCACUAUGUGCCUGCUGGUGCUGCUCACGUUGGACUGUUACCUGCAGCAUCACUGGCCCAGCAGAUACUCCGUUCUGGUGACACGUCAGCGAGCUCUCUGUGUGGUCCUGGUGUGCUGGAUGGUUUCCGUUCUAACCUCUUUUGGCCAGUUCAUCAGCUCUGACGUCCUCGACAGGUGGGGAAGAACAGCUCAAGACCAAGCUGGCCUGGAGCGGGAUGGCAACUGGACAACACCAUCGCCCCAUCUUACCCAAUUCCCGAAAUACCCCCAAGACCGCAUGGUUAUUGGGAAGCAUCUCCCGUACGGAGGUUUUCUGUCAAAGUUUUACACGAACGAUUUGCAUAAUUUUACCUAUGAGGAGAUUCAUAGCAGCCAUUGGGGAAUUUGCGCCCCUGACACCAUCCUCAGCCCCCAGUUCUUAGUGUAUGUCCAUGGCAUGGCGGUGUUCAUGCUCCCCUUGCUUUGCCUGCUGGUUCUUCACAUAGAUCUUCACUACAAGAACCCCAAGCAGUUGAAUCGGUCAGACCCGUCCAAGUAUAAUCCCUGGAGGUCCUGUUCACUAACUUUAUCAGUCUCCUUCUUAGUUCUGUUCUGCCUGCCUUUGCAAAUCGUCCAUGCCGUGUUGCUGUUCACCCCCAACCCCACGCUCCCCACGUGGGCUCACGCAAUGGCUGUGUUCUUCUUCCAGCUGUACGGCCUCGUGCCCCAGGUUCUGUUCACUCCACCUGGCAAACAAGAGACCAAAGAGCAGGCAACCUUCGCUCUUUCUGCCCUGCCGUCAGAGAUUGCGCCACCCGGGGGUAAAUUGGUCCAUAAGGCCUUAUGUGAAGCGGCAAAGACUGCUUCCUGGUCCACGGCCAAACAUUCUCUCAAAGUUAAAGUGUGUCCUGAGGUUUGA